GUUAUCAUUUCCCAGAGUGGGCCUACAAGACAGAGUCCAGCCCUGGCUCCAGGCAGAUCCAGCUGUGGCAUUUCAUCCUGGAGCUGCUGCAGAAGGAGGAGUUCCGUCACGUCAUCGCCUGGCAGCAGGGGGAAUAUGGAGAGUUUGUCAUCAAAGACCCCGACGAGGUGGCCAGGCUGUGGGGCAGGAGGAAAUGCAAACCCCAAAUGAACUAUGACAAGCUCAGCCGGGCACUCAG